AUGAAGAGACUCGAAGCCGAUACGGUGUUACUGCUUAUCCCAGCAGUCCUGUUCGUCAGCUCAGAUGGAGGUCUCAUCCAAAAGGCUUCAGGAUUUCUCACACCGGAACAGUUUUCACCGAUUAUGAAAGAUGCCUUGAAAAAAGAGACGGAAUUCCAAGAGAAAUUGGAAAAAUUGAAGGCGAAAUCGGACGAUGCCAAACUCAACGCUCAAGUCGCGCUUACCUACCUCGAACGGGAGCAGCUUGAAAAGGCAGUCUUGUUCAGUGAGAAAGCGUUUGAGCAUGAUCCAAAAAACCGCACGAAGCUCAUCCCAAACCUGCACAACCAAUUGGGACUCGCUUACGGCGCACUGGUUGAAGGGUCUAUGCUUGAAAACAGCGAAGAAGCGGAGACGUACUUUGAAAAGGCUAUCUCUCACUUCAAAACUGUCAUAGACACCUACUCGAAAAGCAAAGUCUAUGAACCCGCUCAAUACUAUCUCGGCGUAACAUACGCCAUCAAAGGGAAUUUUGAAGAUGCGAUCGCCGUGCUUGAGAAGUUAACCCACCAUGCUAAGGACGGAAACAUAAGACAAAACGCCGAAGCAAUGCUGGAACGGGUCAAAGAUUUGGCGAGUUCCAACUAA